AAACCUCACGGUAUCCAAGGGCCUUGUCCAUUGUGAGCCUGCGCCACACGACUUCCCACUCCACAGGUGAACUAGAAGACCCAAGAUGUCGACAAUCCUUCGACUUUUCCUUCUCGCCGCCUUCGUGGCGUGCGCGGUCGCCAGGACGAUAUCCGAGGCUGAGCUGCAGGCCAUUCUUGAGCCGGCGGCCAAAGAAAGCUCGAAGUUCCAGUUGCGCAAGGCUGCCAAAGAUGAUCACGAUAAUGAUGAUGAUGAUGAUGAUGAUGACGAUGAUGAUGACGAUAAGAAAGACGGAAGCAAGGGCUAUCCCAAACUACUACCCCUUUCUGCCGGUGAAUACAACAAAGGCAAGGCAGAUGUUCAAAGCUUCCUCAAUGGUACUAAAGCAGCCUUUGAACAAAUAGUGCAGGACUCGAAUGACGUAGCCAGUUCCACAACCAGGACUGCACUUGUCUGGCACAUGCUGAAAUUGAAAGCUGACUUCGAGGCGAUGGCUCCCCAUGGCGGUAUGAUGAUGUACACGCUGAUGCACGCAUUCAGCCGGAUGUUAUGGGCGGGAAUGGCAGGCAACGUCGAUGCGUGUAGAAACCUUGGGAACACCCUUGACUAUAUGAUAGAGCAACAUAAGGCUAAUCCGACCUUGGAAAUUAGUGAGGAAGCCGAAGCAUCAGCAGUCGCGGCAGCCUUGGAUCAGGAUAGGGCCUGCAUCCACGGAAAGAUCGAAGCGUUGGCAAACGACGUGGCAACUGCUGUCCCUCUUAAUGGAACUAUAACUGACAGCAAGAGUGCCAUGGCUUUUGAACAGAUCUCACACGCCAUAUACGACAUGAUGGCCAUCUCCCGAGACGCCGCCACCAUGAUUAAUUAUAUGAACGGAUACCUGAGUAAGUGCUUCACGGGAACUAGAGGUUCCUGA